UGUGUGUUAGAGAGAGAGAGAGAGAGAGAGAGAAUAUUCAUUCAAAGCUGAAUCUGAUGAAGUUUUUCUUAGAAUUCCGGUGGUGUUGUGGUGCCAUCGCCGCCACUUCGCCGCCGCAGCAAGUGGUGGCUCGGCCUCUGCCUUCUCGGAGUCGCCGCCGCUCGAUGAAAGUAAACCCCUCGGCGCACCGGAAACCGGCUCUUUCGGCGAUUUCGGAGGACAGUGUGGUCUCGGAUCUCGGUACCAAAAAGACUGAAAACAGAAACAAAAAAGCCUCCGAAAAAUCCAAAUCCACGGCCAUCGCUAGAUCUUCUAGCCACUGUGAUAAUUACAGGAGAGGUUCGAUGUUGAUGGCGAGCCCUGGUUUCUCGGCUAUGCCAUUCUUAUUUUGAGUUCGAUUGACGAUUGUUCUUCUUCUUUUUCUUUUUCUUCAUGAGAGUUCAUCAAGUGUUUGAAUAUUUGAAUUGAUGGAUUCAUAGAUUAAUUGGUACAUGUACUACAAUUGUUGUUUUGA